UUGAGAAAACAUCCAUCUUUCACAUUAUAAUAGAGUUCCAUAAUUUGGAAACCUAUGUAAUGCCAUUGUCCCCAUAAUAUAAGCAAAGAAAGUAAAGUUUGACAAGUUUUCUUUGCCAGAGGGAAUGAGACCCAGUGAAGAUUCACUCUGCAUCAGUGAGUCUUCAAAGGGGAUACCUCUUGGGGGUGGGGAUCUCAUCUCCCUAUGUGGGUCACAUCAAGAUCUUAUUGGGUGGUCCAGCAUAACAUUUUUGUUUAUAAAACAGGACAAGGAUGUUUUUUAAGGUUUGGAAACACUUCUGGGCCAAGAUAGUAACAGGGAAUGCUGGUAUCUCUCCUGUAGGAUCAGACCUCAGAGACAAGUCCCUCUGCCAAGAUAGGAGCAGCAUAUCCAGGGCCUGUGGUACAGGAUCCAGAAGAGAAAGGGGCUCACUGUGCUCCACUGUGUGCUCCUUGGGGCAGGGACAUAGAGGAGAGAAGGAAUGAAACGGCUGCUCUGUGAUCAGAAUUUGAAUUCACUCCACUGGUUUUGACUUUUCCUUCCUUGAUGUGCCUCCUAACUUCACAAGAAAAAGAUGGUGGUCUACGAAUCAGGAAGCAGACCCUCACCAGAACAUGAAUCUGCCAGUGCCCUGACCUUGGACUUUCAAGCCUCCAAAAUUGACUGAGUGGCCGCAACUCCUUUUACCUCAGUCAGAGACCUGGAUGCUUUUUGCCAUUCUGAUGGUAAAUGAUGAUACAAGCAACAAUGGAUUUCAGCACUCCAUCUGUGUUUGAUCAGCAAAAAGGUGAUUCAUCUGAGGAGGUUGACCUGACCAUGGUUUAUCAGGCAGCAUCUAACGGAGAUGUCAAUGCUCUGACUUCAGUGAUUAGAGAAGACCCUUCCAUCCUAGAAUGCUGUGACAGUGAAGGAUGUACACCCUUGAUGCAUGCAGUUUCUGGACGUCAAGUGGACACAGUGAAGCUGCUGUUGAAGAUGGGAGCCAAUAUUAACAUGCAGGAUGCUUAUGGCCGCACAAGCCUAUGCCUGGCAACCUACCUGGGGUGGUUGGAAGGCUGUGUGAGUCUGCUCAGAAAUGGUGCCAAGCACAACAUCCCGGAUAAAAAUGGUCGUCUGCCCCUGCAUGCUGCCACUGCUGAGCCAGACGUGAGGCUCCUAACAGUCCUGGUACAGCAGUCAAAUCUCAGUGAGAUUAAUCACCAGGACAAUGAGGGAAUGACACCACUACACUGGGCAGCUUUCCACAACCGGCCUCAACACACCCAAAUGCUGCUGAAGAAGGGGGCAGACCCCACCCUUGUGGAUAAAGAUUUUAAAACAGCUCUCCACUGGGCAGUCCAGAGUGGAAAUAGAAUUCUGUGCUCUAUCAUUCUGAGCCAUCACCAGGGUCCGUCCAUAAUAAACUACGACGACGAGAGCGGGAAGACAUGCGCGCACAUUGCCGCAGCGGCAGGUUUCAGCGACAUUAUUAAUGAACUGGCAAGAGUCCCUGAGUGUAACCUGCAGGCUCUAGAUGUGGACGACAGGACACCUCUGCACUGGGCUGCAGCUGCAGGGAAGGCGGACUGUGUGCAGUCGCUGCUGGAGUUGGGUAUGGACAGCAACCUGCGAGACAUCAAGGAGAGCACACCCUUGGCCUAUGCCCUGUACUGUGGCCACACGGCCUGUGUCAAACUCCUCUCCCAGGAGAGCAGAACAGAGCCUACUCGACCCCUUCCUUCCCAGAACAGUAGAUCCCAGAGGAAGGAGGGAAGAUUCAACAUGCUCAACCAAAUUUUCUGCAAAAACAAAAAAGAAGAACAGAGGGCCUAUCAUGAGGAUCACAGCAGGGAUCAACACAGUGGGGAGCACACCUCGGGAGUCAGUGACAUCAUCACCACCUUUGAUAGCAUCUCGGGUACCAACUGCCAAGAACAGCUGAGUGAUCACGUGGCUAUGGUUGACUUUAAGAAAAGGACCUCAGAAAAUUCAAAAUAUCUCUUGCCAGGAAAGAACCCUCUAGCCCAUAAGGGGCUUCCACCAAUCAGAACACAAAGUCUCCCACCCAUCACCCUGGGCAAUAACUUCCUGACAGCUCCCCAGGGAGCCACUUCCCAUGUUGGCCUGAGCCCCAGUACUCAUCAUAUGGCCCAGCAAUCUCAAAAAAGCCGAAGUGAGCAGGAUUUGUUGAAUAACAGAACUGGUUGCCAGGCGUUGCUUGAUAACCCCUGGAGAGGUGAUUCUAAUCAGGUGUUUUAUAAAGCUUGGACUGUGUCAUCUUCUGAUCAACUGCUAGACAGACUGCUUACCCGCAGAUCCAUUCCCCAAGAGGUUUCAGGGCUGCCACAUCUUCCUCAUCUAUAUACUCCUUUAUCAGGACAAAAUUUUCAGCACCUCUCCCCAAACAGACCCAAAAUCAGGGAUCUUCCUCUCUUCCGGAACAACCUUGCUCCCCUACCAGACCAAAAAUUUGUAUCUGGAGAACCUCUACGGACAACCCGCGUGCUUCCUGCUAUUCCAAGCCAACGGGGACAUGGUGCACCCGCUGAAGAGAGUGAAAACUGCCAGGCCCACCAGUGAUGAAAACUAACUGUGCGUCACUGACUGUGAAAACAGAGAUUGUAUAUAUUUUCAACUGUCAAAGGAUGAGAUUACUCUAGUUUAUAAGAACAAAGACUGAUUUAGUAAAUUGCAUUCUAUAAGCCAUUCAGUUUUAUAACUCAAAAUUCUUUAUUCCAAAUAAAGACAUUUCCCAAAUCAGCACUUAAAAUCUUUGAUUGUGUAUAUACUGUAAGUCUGUGUUUCUGACCUCUGCAUGCCAAAAUAGGAAGUCAAAAUAUGUCAUCAACAAGGAAACUUAGUUGUGUUUGUUUUGCUUUGGGGCAUAUUUGCUGACUCCUUUUUUUGCUGAAUGGUUUUACAUUUUUUUUAAAGUAUAUGCUUUGCUGAAUAAAAAAAAAAAAGCACAUUCCAUACUUGCUCUUCAUAUCUAUUGUAAUUCUACCUUGGACUGACAAAAUUAAAAUUAAAGCAGAAAUUCCUUUAAUCAGUCACAGUUUAUGGCUUUUAAGUGAACAAUCUUCUGCCAAUUAUUUUCUAACAUUAUCCUGGCAACAGCCCAAAUUACUUGACAAUGUUUAUGUAUCUUCUUUGUUAUUUGAUUAUUUCCACCUAUUAUCAUUUUCAGAUAUAAUUGAUUGUUCCAAUAGUGAGAACAUCACGUGAGUUGGAAAGGUCUACACCCUGGCCUAACAGAAUGGAGUAGGCAUUUCUCACACAUUCCUCAAAUACUUUAUGUAUUUAAUCAUUCAUUCUUUUUUCUAUUUCAAAAUAAUGGUCUCAGCCGACUGAAGACUUUCCUAAAGUUAUGACUUUAGCAAAGUUUGAAAUAUUGCUACUAACUGCACAUUUCAUUACUAAAAUAUU